GGAUCCGGAUCCAACCAAAUUGGGUGUUGCAGAGAGAGAGAAAUGCGUAAAUCUAAAGGGAAAUCUUAAGUGAAGGGAACAGCGUGGCAACGGUCGAAGAGCCCAUUAGAUUUCAUCAUCAAAUUUGCUUUUUUCUUCACGAGGAAAAGCUCGCAACUUUUACUCUCUCUCUCUCUGUCCGCAUAUACAUACAAACACAGACUGUAUGCAUGCCUGCUGAAGGGGGCGUGGGAUUACGAUGCAUAAAUCCAGAAAGAAAAGGGGAGAAGGGUUGAGCAAAAUCUGAGCUCCCGGAAUUCUGUUUUCGUUGUGUUUUUUGGUCUUUUCGCAAGCGCCAACAAUGGCUGACGAUCUCUGUUUCUUCUCAAAGGAUACGUUGAUAAUAAAGCCAUCAAAGAGAUCUCCGCUGCUAUUGAGAAUGCUGGUCUUAAUUUUUGUAAUGGUUUGUGGAGUCUAUAUAUGUUCAGUCUGUCUUAAGCAAACGGGUACCCGUGCAACUGGAGGUUUACUGAAUAUUGGUGUCGUGGAGAAGCCAUGCGAGCCACCUAAAAUUGAACCUUCAGAAAAACCUUACGUGCAUUUCCCCAAACCAAAGACUUUUAGCCGGGCUGAGUGUGCUUGCAAUCCAGUACGGUAUUUCGCAAUUUUGUCCACUCAGAGGUCCGGUAGUGGAUGGUUUGAGACGUUGUUAAACAAUCAUACUAACAUAAGCUCCAAUGGAGAAAUUUUUUCUGUCAAACCCCGGAGAAGUAACAUAUCCACCAUCGUGGAUACUUUAGAUAAGAUCUACAAUCUCGACUGGCUAACAAGUGCUUCCAAGAAUGAAUGCACAGCUGCGGUUGGACUGAAGUGGAUGCUUAACCAGGGUCUGAUGCAGCAUCACGAAGAAAUUGUAGAAUACUUUAAACAUAAAGGAGUUUCAGCGAUUUUUCUCUUCAGACGAAAUCUUCUGCGUAGAAUGGUUUCUAUACUUGCAAACUCAUAUGAUCAACGCGCCAAGUUGCUAAAUGGAACCCACAAAUCGCAUGUGCAUUCUCCCUUCGAGGCUGAAAUACUUGCGAGUUACAAACCAACCGUGGACACAAAAAUACUGGUUCCUAAUUUGAAGCAAGUGGACGAUAUGGUCGCAAAAUCUUUGGAGUACUUCAAAAGCACCAGGCAUAUCAUCCUUUACUACGAGGACAUAAUACAAAACAAAACCAAACUGAUUGACGUUCAAGACUUUCUACACGUACCACACAAAGAGUUACGAAGUCGCCAAGUUAAGAUACACAAGGGGCCUUUAUCCUUGCAAGUCGAGAACUGGGGUGAGGUCGAGAAGACACUCAAGGGAACGCCUUACGAGAGCUUCCUACAAGCGGAUUACGCAAUCUAAAUGUACAGAAAAGAGCCUUCCUUUGGAUAUGUAGCAUGUUAUGUUAUGUUUCUGUUGCAUAACUUAUUCUUUAUUUUUUGGGGGAACCAUGGCCUGUGUUUUAGUUAUACCAUGUUGCCUUCAAAUCCCCCAUUUGCCAAUCCAUCAAUUUUGCUUAGCCUUAAUUGUUGAUUAGCUUUUCUAGCUGAUUUCAUUAAGAAUGAAAUCUGGAUUUUUGUUUCUGGGAAGUGGCAUUGUAAUUUAGUGCUUUUUUGUGGUUGCAUUAUUGUUAUGGGAACAUCCUUAACUGCAUGCUUAUAAACAUUUAGGCAUUAAUUGGAAUGAUUAUAAGUUAAUGAAAAUAAAAGUGCCAGUGCUCUUUACAAA